AUGCCCAUGUCCUCGGGCUCCUCAGCUGCAGAGGUCCAGCCAGUGCCCAGAGACGUCCCCAUGAAGUCGGUCACGUUGGAGUGGGCUCCUCCGGUCGCCAACAGACAUGUGGCCUCGCGCUACAUAGAGCUGCUUCCCCCCGAGAGGCGUCCCAUCGCAGGCACGGCCGGAGCAGCGUACCGCAGACAGCAGAUGGCCAGGCAGCUUCCGGAACACGACCAGGACCCGGACAAGUGCCACGAGCUUAGCCCCGCCGAGGUUCGGCAGAUGCAGCAGUUUGUCCGCAAAUACAAAGACGAGGCUCUGGGAGUGGGAGACGUGAGGCUGCCCCAGGAGAUGGCACAGGCACAGGCGUUGGGCAGAGGAGAACAGAACGGAGGGCCUGGAUCAGGACUUGGGAAUGGAUCAGGAGCUGGGUCUAGAGCUGGGCCAGGAGCUGGGACUGGGACUGGAGCUGGAGCUGGGUCUGGGUCUGGUCUCGGAGGAGGUCUGGCUGAACACGGAGGUGGGAGUUUGGGGACAGCAGCUGCAGCAGGAGCCAUGGGAGCUGGAAGUCCCGGUGGAGCUCUGCAGAACUUUACAUGUCACCAGUGUAAGUUGCCAAUGCGCGUGGGCGACCCUGCCGUGUAUGCCGAGAGGGCAGGAUACGACAAGAUGUGGCACCCGGCCUGCUUCGUGUGUGUGACCUGCGAGGAGCUGCUGGUCGACAUGAUCUAUUUCUGGAAGAAGGAACGGAUGUACUGUGGUCGUCACUAUGGCGACAGCGAGAAGCCUCGCUGUGGCGGCUGUGAUGAGUUGAUCUUCUGUAAUGAGUACACUCAGGCUGAAGGACAGGACUGGCACCUGAAACACUUCUGCUGCUUCGACUGUGACUGUGUGUUGGCGGGAGAGACCUACGUGAUGGAGGCGGAGCGGCCCGUCUGCAAGCCCUGCUACAUGAACAACUAUGCUAUGAAAUGCGCGUCCUGCCAGAGCGCCAUCGAACCGGAGGCUCAGCGGGUCUCGUACGGCGCCUCCUGCUGGCACGCUCAGCCCCAGUGCUUCCAGUGCUCAGGCUGUUCCCAGUGCCUCAUGGGAAAACGCUUCAUGGCCGUCAACAACCACCUGUUCUGCUCCGUGGACUGUAAGAAGAAAGUGCUCACCUAG